UUGUGCAGCAGAGAAGCAGAUUCCAGCUGUACCCAGAAGCUGUGCAAGUCACCCGCUGCGGGUCACAGCUCAGCCAGACCCUCACUGAUCACAAUGGUGCCCUCUGCUCUCAGCCAGACCCACACACAUCACAGAAGACCAUGAGCAUCUGAAGAGUGCAUUACUGUUCACACUGUCUGGACUUAUUCUCCAUCUGGCACCAGCAUAUAGAGUCUAUAGAAGAUAUAUGUCAAGUACACUUGGGAGCCAGCCUUAAGGAAGUCUACAUGAGGUUGAGGCAGGACAACGUUUGCAAGAUGGCCUCUCGGUUGCUGGUGUUGUGGAUAAUGGCAUCUUUAAAGUCUUUAAGAUAUCAGGCUGCAGCUGAACAGGAGCAAGGAGCAUACUUUCUUCCUGAGUUUGCACUUUCUCCACAAGGAAGUUUCCUGGAAGAUACUACAGGAGAGCAGUUCCUUACUUACCGCUAUGAUGAUCAAACUUCCAGGAUAACCCGUUCUGACAAUGACAAAGACAAUGGCUGGGAUGCCUGGGGGAGCUGGAGUGACUGUUCAAGGACCUGUGGUGGAGGAGCAUCUUACUCUUUGCGAAGAUGUUUGAAUGGCCGGAGCUGUGAAGGCCGGAACAUUCGCUACAGAACAUGCAGCAAUAACGACUGUCCUUCUGAGGUUGGAGACUUCAGGGCUCAGCAGUGCUCAGCACACAAUGAUGUCAAGUACCAAGGGCAGUAUUAUGAAUGGCAGCCAGUCUACAAUGAUGCCACUGCUCCCUGUGCACUCAAAUGCCAAGCUGUGGGAAAAAACCUGAUUGUGGAGCUUGCCCCUAAAGUCCUUGAUGGUACACGAUGUAACACAGAGUCACCAGACAUGUGCAUCAGUGGCAUCUGCCAGGCGGUGGGCUGCGAUCGACAGCUUGGGAGCAAUGCCAAAGAAGACAAUUGCGGAGUGUGUGCAGGAGAUGGCUCUACAUGCCGGCUGGUCAGAGGACAAUCCAAAACACAUCUUUCUGCUGAAAAAAGAGAAGAGACAAUAAUUGCUGUACCGCAUGGAAGUCGCAGCGUGAGAAUCACAGUGAAAGGACCAGCUCACGUUUUCAUUGAGUCAAAAACCUUACAAGGUGAGAGUGGGGAACACAGCUUUACUAGUCCUGGAACUUAUAUAAUCGAGAAUACAACAGUAGAAUUUCAGAAGGGAUCCGAAAGGGAAAUCUUAAAGGUGCCAGGUCCAUUGCGUGCUGAUUUCAUUGUUAAGACCAGGUAUGUGUCACCUAAAGAUAGCGUGGUGCAGUUUUUCUUCUACCAGCCCAUUAGUCACCAGUGGAGACAGACAGACUUCUUUCCUUGUACUGUAACCUGUGGAGGAGGAUAUCAGCUGAACUCUGCAGAAUGUAUUGACAUCAGAUUUAAUCGGACUGUCCCUGAUCAUUAUUGCCAUUACUACCCAGAAAACAAGAAGCCUAAACCCAAACUAAAAGAAUGUAACAUGGAUCCCUGUCCAUCCAGUGAUGGAUUUAAAGAAAUAAUGCCCUAUGACCAUUUCCAGCCCCUGCCAAGGUGGGAACAUAAUCCAUGGACGGCAUGCUCAGUUUCCUGUGGAGGGGGCAUUCAAAGACGUAGCAUUGUAUGUGUAGAGGAAACCAUGCAUGGAGAGAUACUUCAGGUAGAGGAAUGGAAGUGCAUGUAUGCUCCCAAGCCAGCCGUCAUGCAGACGUGCAACCUCUUUGAUUGUCCUAAGUGGAUGGCUAUGGAAUGGUCACAGUGCACUGUGACAUGCGGAAGAGGCUUGCGCUAUAGGGUAGUAUUAUGUAAUGAUCACCGUGGACAACACACUGGAGGCUGUAACCCUCAGCUGAAGCCACAUAUAAAGGAGGAAUGCAUUGUACCAGUACCAUGUUAUAAGCCCAGAGAAAAGUUCCCUGUGGAAGCCAAGCAUCCGUGGCUAAAACAAGCACAGGAACUAGAGGAGACUAGAACAGCAUCAGAUCAGCCAACGUUCAUCCCAGAAGCCUGGUCACCCUGCAGUGUCACUUGUGGUCAUGGUGUGCAAGUGAGGGAAGUCAAGUGCCGUAUUUUACUGACAUUUACUCAAACUGAAUUAGAAUUGCCAGAAGAAGAAUGUGAAGAGGAGAAACCUGUUGUAGAAAGAGCAUGUUAUCUCCCAUCAUGUCAUGGUGAGGCGGUGGAUCAAGCAGUAGAGCUUCCAGUACAAGAGGAGGAUUCAGCUGAGAUAUAUGACUGGGAGUAUAUUGGGUUCACUGCCUGCUCCAGCAGUUGUUCAGGAGGAAGACAAGAAGCCAUUGCAGCCUGCCUCCAUAUCCAGACAAAAAGAAUAGUGAACAACUCUCUGUGUGACAGCUCAAUGCGUCCACCUGCAAUGACCAGAGCCUGUAAUACCAAGCUGUGCCCUCCAAGGUGGAAUACAGGAUCCUGGAGCCGGUGCUCAGCUACAUGUGGGGUUGGGAUACAAACCAGAGAUGUCUACUGUUCUGGACGGCCCGAAUCUAGCAAUAAUUCUGAGCAAGAAUGUGAAGGUAAAAAGCCAUCAGCUCUGCAGCCGUGUAAUCAGAUUGACUGCCCCCCGGCUUGGCAUGCGGAGGACUGGCAACAGUGUUCACGGACGUGUGGAGGAGGUGUCCAAAACCGCAAAGUGAGUUGCAAACAGUUGUUGGCAGAUGGAAGCUUUAUGAAGCUUUCAGAAGAGCUCUGCCAAAUGCAAAAGCCUGCGAGUCAGAAACCUUGUGGGAAAGUUGAUUGUCCCCUGCAGUUAACAACAGGAGAGUGGUCAAAGUGCUCUUCAAGAUGUGGUGUUGGAGUCCAGAGAAGGAUGUUACUCUGUCAGAAGAUAACAUCUAAAGGGCAAGUAGUCAUUGUUAACGGGUCACUAUGCCAAGGACUUCCUGCUCCAGGUCUUGUGAGAACAUGCCGUGUAGGUGCAUGCCACAAAAACAAACAUUUGUCUAAGCAAGAAGACAUUUCUCCUGAAAUUCUGGCCAUCCAUCGAGUCUACAUUCAGACAAGACAAGAAAAACGUAUUAAUUUUACCAUUGGGAGCAGAGCAUAUUUGCUUCCCAAGACAUCUGUAGUAAUAAAGUGCCCUGUACGCCGCUUCCAAAAGUCACUCAUUAAAUGGGAAAAAGAUGGCCAACCUUUAAGAUAUUCCAAAAAGCUUGGGAUAACAAAAUCUGGAUCAUUGAAGAUUCAUAACUUGGACGUUCAAGAUAUUGGAGUCUACAAAUGUAUUGCACACACUGCCUAUGAAACAUUUGUUCUUAAGCUGAUUGGCACUGAUAAUAGACUCCUUGAGGCACCAAGCUUUGAAAAAGAUCCCAAUGAAGCCAACAAUUUAGGGGAAAAGUGGCACAAAAUGAGUAAGAUGUGGAAGUCUUGGAAUAAAAACAAUAACUUAUAUCAUGAAAACAAUCAGGCCCAGGAUGUCAUGGUUUUAAGAAAUCUUGAAACUCUGGUAACUAAUUCUGCAGAGAUGUUUAGUUCCCAAGAAUUUAAAGACAGGAGACUGGAGGCAGCUGUUCUACAAGGUGCUUACAGCAUGGAUACAGUCCAGUUUGAGGCUUUGGUUAAAAACAUGAGUGAACUUAUUGAGGCGGGAGAAAUCAGUGAUGACUUUGCAAGUCAGAUUAUAUCCCAUGUAGUGAAUGAGUUGUCUAAACCUCAGUUACCUUUGGAAAAGUGGAAAGGACCCAAUGAAGAGAGUAUGUCAACCCAUAAGCUGGUCGCAAAAGACCCAGAUAGUGUAAUGCGCUUCAACAAUAAAGCCUUAGAAAAAGAUAGCAGAAAGAGGCUUCUGAUCAUUCGCCAACAGAAGAAUGGGUAUAUAUUGUCUUCCAACAAGACACUGCAUCUGAAUAUUGGAAGUCAUGGCUUCAUCACUAACAAGACCCAACUGGUUACUAUUCAAUGUGUUGUUGAUGGUGAAAGUAAGAGUAAAAUAACUUGGAAUAAGAAUGGAGAAGCCUUAAAAUUCUCUGACAGAAUUUUCCGAGAACACAGUGGAAAGCUGCACAUAGUUAGUCCAGGCAGAGAAGACAUAGGCAUGUAUCAGUGUACAGCUCUGAAUGAGAGAGGAUCCGAUGUGGAAACUUCACAUUUGUAUUUUGCAGAACCACCUAUGAUCCAGUACUCCAAAAGGAACAUCACCAGCUUGGAUGGAGAAAACAUUUUUGCAAUUGUAGGUGACUUGUUGGUGACAAAAAAAGGAAUGAAUGUAACUCUGAAGUGUCCUGUGAAAGGUUCACCGUCCCCUAAACUAAACUGGCUGAAAAAAGGCUUCCCAAUGCCAAAUAACUCUUUUGUGCUUUCCAAUGGCUCUCUGCUCCUGACAAACAUCACAGAGGAAAGUGAUGGAACCUACAUGUGCAUUGCAACAAAUGCUCUGGGGAAAACAGUAGCUAUGUCUGCUGUGCACUUAUCUGGUAAGAAAAUGGACAGCUUGCAAGACGAACAGACUCGGAAAGCCAAAAGACGAGUUCUAAUGGCAUCUACAGUUGGAACAAGCAUUGUGGGUAAACUUGGAGACCUUUUACGCAUUGGUUGUCCAGUGCAGACAAGCCACCAAAAUACGAUUCAUUGGUUUUUAAGGAAACAACCGAUAGAAGAGAUCAAGGACUUGAAAUAUCGUGUUCUAGUUUCUGGACGGGUUCUUGAACUAAACCCCUUGUCUGAGCUGAGUACGGGAGAAUUCAGAUGCUGGACUUCAAAUGAUACAAGGAUAGUGUCUGCCUGGGUGAAUAUCUCUUUAGAAGUCUACAGGCUGGAAUAUGGUGAAUGGGCUCCUUGCUCGGCAACUUGUGGACACAUGGGAUUGCAAUUCCAAACACAACAUUGUAUCAAUGGGGAAAGACAGAGGGUGAACAGUUCCAUGUGUGAACAUCUUGAACCAUUACUGGCCAGUUCUCAGCCAUGUAACAUACAAGACUGUCCCCCAAGAUGGGCAACUGGUGCUUGGUCUGAAUGCUCUGCCUCCUGUGGCACUGGAUACCAGCAGAGACUAGUCACUUGCCAGCAGAUCACGUCAGAUGGCCGUGUGAAGGGACUUCCUUUAAAUUCUUGUGGAUUCACUGACCGACCAGCAGCACGGAAGCCAUGUUCUGUUGAUUCUUGUGCAAACUGGAUUCCUCAAGCAUGGGGACAGUGUUCUAAUCGCUGUACCGGACAAGGACUGGGUUUACAGCAUCGGCACAUACUGUGUCAAGACCGGAAUGGAACCACCGUGCCAGACACUUACUGUGACAGGACGAAGAGGCCUGCUUCCAGAAGGAACUGUUCUUCAGAGAUGUGUGAUGUGUACUGGAGGACAGGCCCCUGGAGACCAUGCACAGCAGCCUGUGGAAAUGGCUUUCAGUCUCGGAAAGUAGACUGUGUACAUAGGAAGAACGGCAAAGUCUUGGCUGAUCAAUACUGUGUGUGGAAACGGAGGCCCUCAACUUGGCAGCACUGCAAUAUUACAUCCUGUGGAAAAGGAGAAUGCAAGGACACAACCCACUACUGUACAUUUGUUAAACAGCUUAAGCUGUGCUUAGUAGAUCUCUACAAACAAAGGUGUUGUGAAUCCUGUAACGGAGCAUAACUUCUCCUGAAAACCGUACUCUGCGGUAAACUGAAGCAAUGGGAAGGAUCCUCAGACUUAUGUGUAAACUUUGUACAUUUAAGUUUAAUGCUUAGAGUUUAAGGACUAUUCAUUGGAACUCCUCUAACUGAUAAUAGACUCCUAGGUAAUAAAAAUGGGAGAGGUUUAACCAAGCUUUGAUGUCUUGUAGGCAGAUACAAAACCAUACAUUGUUAAGCUGACUACAAUAUAUGUCCUAUUCAUAGAAAUGUCUAUAUCAUUUCUAUUUGGGUUUAACUUAUUGGAGGAUUAAGUUUUCCUUUCUAUUACAUAGUCAUGGGUUUAUUAAUAUAUGCAGGAAGGGGUUUUCUAUGAAUAGUAUUGUUAAAAGAUACCAGAGUUAUUUGACGCUACAUCAAAUGUUCAUUUGAUGGAGAGAAUUUGUUAUAGUAGAUCAUAUAAUAGAGAGAUGAAGGGUCACAAGCAACAAAACCGGAAUGUGAAGGCUUUGAAUGUUCAUGACCCUAGACACGCAGAGUAUAGAGGCUGAGCUUUACUGAGCAAUGGUAUUCUGGAAGCCAAAGUCCAGCCAUGUUGUUCAUCUACUUUUGGUCUAGUAAAUGUGACCUUGUCCUGAGACAAUUAUAUCUAUACAUUACUCGCAAAGAAACAGAAUAAUUGUUAAGACCGAUAAUAUAAUUCUGUAAGAUAUUAGAAAGGCAAGUAUUUUUGCCAAGCUUUAAUAGAAUCAUGUAAUGCCUCUGGGCAGGGUGUUCACUCAGUGGUUAUAUAAUCUUGCCUCCCAUUCAACAUCCUUUACUACCUGUAAAGCAGAAUACAAUUCACCAUAUGCAAUGUAUACUAUCCUAUCACUACAGUUAACAUAUCUGCUGUAGUGUAGCUAUAUGUGAGUGUGUGUUUGUGUGUAUGAAGUGUAUGUAUGUAAAUAUAUCAACAGCAGUAUUACUUCUAUAGAAUGUACCAUGUACUACAACAGUGAUCUGUAGAGAACAGUGAUAGCAUUGUAUUCAGCUGAUUCUAUUGUAAUGCAUCACACCUUUCCCUAUGUAAAUGACAGCAACCAGAGCCAAGGCUACUUCGUUCUGUCAAGUAAGACAUGUCAGACUAUCUGUAUAUGUUUUCUGUAGUUUAUCACUUUAGAAAUGUCCUGAAACAAUUUAAAUAAGGGCCCAAAAUUGUAUGGUUCAUUUGACAAAAUGUUGCAUGAAUUUUCUCUGUAUAAUUACAAUAUUGGUCCAAGGAAGGAAGACUGAUGCUUAAAAAAGCCAGUAGUGCCCCAUAUAUUCUGGUAGUUGACCAACUGAUCUAUUUAGCCAUAUCCCAUGCUAGUCUAGUUAUAUUACACAAAACGUGUACUGUACAUUGUUGACUGACUAUACAGCUUACCCAUAUGCUUAGCAAUUUAUACGUUUAGCAAGUGUCAAUUUAAAAAGAACCCCUCAGCUUUAUAUCCUGCUUAGAGCUGCAGACAUGAAACAAAUGAUAACCUUCUCUCUAAGUGAUGGCUGUUUGCAAAGUUACAAAAUCAGGUUUUUCUUCAAAGCUCGUCAUACAGAACGUGCUGCGCUGCAACAUGUAUGUCUCUUCCCCCAUCCUCCUGCUCUGCAUGAUUAAUGAACACGGCUCAGGGGUGGGAAGGAAGGUGGCAUGUAUGCUGCAGCUCAUCAUGGCCAGUAUGACACUAAACUUAGAAAGAAAACAUGAUUUUAUAACUUUGCAAACAGCCAUCAGCUAAGAGACUGGUUUCAUUUGUUUAAUUUCCCUUUCAGCUAUCUGCCCAUGUAUGAGCAUGAUAUAGGCCAAACAGAUUCCCUUUAAGCACACAGUUGCAGUAUACAUAGGGUUAAAAUGGUUUGGGCAAAUAAUAACUAUGGUAGAUUAGAUCAAUGUAGAUAGGAGCAACCUUGUCUUGUUUAGACAAUUCUUUUUUUUUUAAUUCUGAGUAAAAACAUAAGGUCUUCUCUUCAGGUUUCUCAUAUAUUGCCAAAGUAAAGACUGACCACAUUUCUGUCUUUGUGUAAUGCAUUGGUGUAUGAGGCUAUGGGGUUUUUGUAGAGCUGAGAUGAGGCUCCUCUUCUGGUUCACGGGAAUAUUUACCAUACUUAUGAAAAAAGAAAGUUAUACAGUACAUAAAGUUCUUCUGCCAUGUUGGCAGUAAGAUUAAAACUGCAUAAAUUCAACAUUUGCAUCUAUUCUCCUACCAAAAAACAAAUGUGUAAUCUCUAUAGAGACAGAUAUUCAAACAAAUUGUUUAUUGGUCCACCAAAUAUAAGGCAUGAGUUAGUAGAAUCACACACAAAUAUACUGUAUCUUUUUUCAAGAGGUUACUGUUCAGUCUGGGAAGUCCAAUUUAAUAAAACCUGUGUUAUAUCAGAAAUAUAAUUUCUGGCAUGGUGCCUUUUCACCAACAUAUCCAAGAUAUAUUUAAGGAGUUAUUCCCUGAAAAAUAUUUAUUUCCUAUUAACAGAAUAGGUUAUAAAUAUAUAAGAUAGGAUGAUAGGAGUCCCACCACUGAUACCCCCAACAGUCAGUAGAAUGGAGGUCCUGAGUUCCUAGUUUUAGAGCCUAAGGUUAUCGCCAGCAGUCUACAGACACUGCAUGGUAAGAUAACCCACCCAAGAAGUUCUGUCUUGCUCACACUAUAUAAUGUAGAAUAUAUGAUUUUAGGUUAAGGUGCAAUUUAAAGUUACCUAAAAUUGUUAUAUUUGUUAUGAUUAGCAAUUCAAGUUAAAGGCAUUCUUCAGUUAUGCAAUUGAACUUGCCUCAAAGCAGGUGUCAUUGGAUAUGUUCUAUGGAUACCUGUGUAGGGCAAAAGAAUAUUGACUAGAAUUGUUCCUCUGUGCCCUAUACAGAUACAGAGAUAGCUGGCAUCUGAAUAUCAUGAUGUAUCCUAGGGAGAGCCAGCCAUUUACUUCAGCCAUGCUUCCAAGUUAUGACUUAAUGUGCCAACACGGAUCUGUGCAUUCACUCUGAUCUAGACUUUUGUGCACCCACCCCAAGUUACUGUAGACUUUUCUCAAUAAUCUAAGUUUUUACUUGGCAAUCAAACCACUUUCUGAUGCAUACAUCCUACUUUAUGGCCUGUAUCACUGAAUGUUAGAUAGAACUACUGUAUACUAGAAUUCCAGUACAUAUGUCUUUUUAAUCAAUAAUGGGUCUUGACUGUUAUUAGAGAUUUAUAAAUUAAGAAAUAAAGUUUGUAAAAUACGUUUUGUACAUAUUUAUGGUCUGAUUUCAAGUGCAAUAUUUUGUUUUGUACAGUGUUUAAUAAAGAUUUUGGGACAUAUAUUUUCUUAUUACCAAAUCAUUUCAUAUGUUUCCUCUUUGUAUUUAACAAUAAAGUAUGACAACUUAUAGCACUUUUUGUUGGCUAUGACAAAUGUGUCUUUAGUGUAUGCAUGCAAUAUGGAAGCACAAUUGCAAAUUUUUUUAUUAUUAUAAAUAAGUUGACAUUCCUACGAAGCUUGUUAAUCCUAUCAUAAGAAACAAUGGAAAUGCUUUUGUCUCAAGAACAGAUUUACAGUAUUUUGGCAAUAAAAUAUGCUUCUUAUCCUGACACUGAGGAUUUUUUU